GUUUUGACUUUUCUAUUGAAUAAGUUUCCUCGUUAAUUGCAGCUUCAGAGUACAACGAAUGUUACAAAUUAUUGUGACUAUGGCAGGAGGCAGUUCAGGGCUGGCUCGUGGAGACGUGCAGUUCUGGCCGCGGCCUGUAGGCGGCCACCGAGAGCUCCGUUUCUGUAAAAACAACAUCUCACCUUCUUUCUUUAGUCCAAGUGCUGGAGCACGUUUGACUGACCGUGGAGUGCGUUCGCUGUCAUGUAGUUCCGCGCUAACACGGCGUGAAUAGUACACGAGGGGGACUUUCUCCGGUGCGGAUACGAGGGCGCCACAGUCGAGUCAUGGCUGCACGGGAGGAAGGAGAGGUUUUGCACAGUAAACUAAGGCACCACCACGACGGAGCUGGAAGUGUAAACAGCUCAGAGGGCUUCAGGAACGGCUACGUGAAGAGCUGCGUCACCCCCCUCAAACAGGACCCUCACAGGGGCUUUUUCUUCAACGUGUGCAGGUUCUGCAACCAGGACGUUGUCGGCUCCAAACUGCUGAAGCUCUCUGCCCUCCACGUCGGCGCGCUCGUCGUGUUCGCGCUCUCCCUUCUCAUCUCCAGGAGCUUGCAAAGUGACUCGCGCUGGGACGUGCGGACUUUUCUGUCGGGCUUCUCGCAGUCGGCGAGUCCUCUGUUCAGCAUCGGAUGCGCCUUCUUCUUCCUGACGUUCUACCUGCGCAGGAAGACGCGGGAGAGCAGCCGAUGCUGGCUCGUGUCGCUGCCGGCGUCGUGCUACCUCGGGGACUUUCUGGUGCUGCGCCUCGCGCCGUGGGGAGAGGACCAGCACCAGGUGCAAAUGGUGGGCAGGUUGCUGUUCGUGCUGGGCUGCGUGGGGCUGCUCGCGCUCGUGCCCACGCUGCGGCUCAAGCACAGCGUCCUCGUCCUGCUCUUCGCCAGCGCCGUGUGGCUCGUCUCGCUCACGAGUCUGAGCAGCCUGCCCGCGCUGCUCCGGCCGCUGCUCGCCUGCGUCGCGGGGGUCUCGGGCUCCCUGCUGGGGCUCAGCUUCGAGCGCUGUUGCCCGCCGAGGGAAGCGCUGAGCGGGGCCGCCAGCACCGAGCAGAAGGUGCCCGUGAUCCGACCCAGGAGACGGUCCAGCUGCGUGUCGCUCGGGGAGACCUCCACCAGCUAUUACGGCAGCUGCAAGGCGCCCCGCAGACCCUCGCUGCCCUGCAUAUCCAGAGAGCAGAUGAUCUUGUGGGACUGGGAUCUGAAGCAGUGGUACAAGCCCCAGUAUCAGGGAGCGGUGAGCGGCAAUGGCGUGGACCUGUCGGUCAUCAACGAGGCCCGGAACCUGGUGUCAGACCUGCUGACGGACUCGUCUCUGUCCCCACACACUGUCUCAGCUCUGCGCAGCGUGUCCAGCCUCAUGGGGACCUUCUCGGGCUCGUGCCGCCCCAGGGUCAACCCCUUUACCCCCUUCCCAGGUUUCUAUCCCUGUGACGAGGUGGAGGACGCUGUGGAGAGGACGGACAGGAAAACCAUUAAGGGUUUGAGCAGCAGAAACAGCCUCCCGACCCCUCAGCCCCGGCGGAGUUCGACCUCCUCCACGUCAUCCGCGCUCCCUCCUCUCGACGGCGCCUCUUCACGCUGGGAGCGCAACAAUGGCAAGAGGCCCCACCCUGACCUCAACCUGACCAGCUCAGGUCUGUCCAAUGGGCCCAAUGCAAACCUGCUCACCAUUCCCAAGCAGAGGUCGUCCUCUGUCACGCUCACAUACCACGUAGGGCCCAGGAGAGCAGGCGCAUCUCCUUGCCUGAGCCCGGUCACCUCACCCAACCACAGUCCUCCCGCUAUAGGAGGCUCAUCGUCAUCGCUCGUGACCAGAUCCCCUGUGGAGUUCCCUGACACGGCGGACUUCCUGACAAAGCCCAGCGUCAACCUAAACCUGCACAAGCCCCUGGGCUACUCCCUGGGCUCGUCUGAUUUCCGUGGCUCCAGCCUCCCUCUCUGCACCAGUUGUGGUCGUCAGAUGUUCAAGGGGGUUUCCAGCUGUGAUCCAGGGGACUCUCACCCACCGUUUACCAGCGAGGCUCACCGCAGGCGUUCAGCAGUCGAAGGACUGGAGUUCACAGGAGAGCCUCUGAUCAGGGAGGAGAGUGUGGAGGUGGGCGUGUGUGGCGAUGGAAGGACGGAUGAUGCAGGGAACCAGGGACAGGUAGACGAGAAGGAGAGGAGCGCAGACCAGCCGACUCAGGAAACCGAGGGUGAGCAGGAGUUCAGACUAGAUCCUAUGCUGGAGGACCACAAGGCUCUCAUGGAGAGGAUGAACACCUGGAACUUCCAGAUCUUUGACCUGGUGGACAAAACAGGAGGGAAGACGGGACGGAUCCUCAGCUAUGUGACAUACACGCUUUUCCAGGAUACGUGUCUGUUUGAAAUUUUCAAAAUCCCCGUGAGGGAGUUCAUGAUGUUCUUCUGUGCUCUGGAAAAUGGCUACAGGGACAUUCCCUAUCACAACCGGGUCCACGCUACCGAUGUGCUGCACGCCGUCUGGUACCUGACGACCCGACCAAUCCCGGGGUUCCAGCAGAUCCACAGCGAGCAUGUGACAGGAAGUGACACAGAUUCGGAUAGUGGGAUCUCUCCAGGCAGGAUAUCCUACGCCUCCUCCAAGAGCUCCUCGAUUUCAGACGACAGCUACGGCUGCCUGGCGUGGAACAUACCUGCCCUUGAGCUCAUGGCCCUUUAUGUAGCAGCUGCAAUGCACGACUAUGACCACCCUGGUCGCACGAAUGCCUUUCUAGUAGCCACUAAUGCACCUCAGGCAGUGCUGUACAACGACCGCUCGGUGCUGGAGAACCACCACGCUGCGUCUGCCUGGAACCUCUACCUGUCCCAGCCCGAGUUCAACUUCCUCGUCAACCUGGACCACGUGGAGUUCAAGCGAUUCCGGUUCCUCGUCAUCGAGGCCAUACUGGCCACAGACCUCAAGAAGCACUUUGACUUCCUGGCUGAGUUCAAUGCCAAGGUGAAUGAUGUGAACAGUCCAGGAAUUGAUUGGACCAAUGAGAACGACAGGCUGCUCGUGUGCCAAGUGUGCAUCAAGCUGGCCGACAUUAACGGACCAGCCAAAGUUCGCGACCUGCACCUCAAGUGGACCGAAGGCAUCGUCAAUGAGUUUUAUGAGCAGGGCGAUGAGGAGUCUGGGCUGGGGCUACCCAUCAGCCCCUUCAUGGACCGCUCCUCCCCACAGCUGGCCAAGCUGCAGGAGUCCUUCAUCACACACAUUGUAGGGCCGCUGUGUAACUCCUACGACGCUGCCGGCCUGCUCCCCGGCUACUGGAUCAAUGAAUCAAAGUUAGACGAAGGCGACGAGGACGGCCAGGUGGACACGGACACAGAUGAAGACGAGGACGAAGAAGACGAGCUAGACGACGAGCUGGCACCAAAAAGGGGCAAGCGCCGCCGCCGCCGCCGGCUGUUCUGCAGCAUCAUGCAGCACCUGACGGAGAACCACAAGGUGUGGAAGAAGAUCAUCGAGGAGGAGGAGAAGAGCAAGGAGCACGGCAAGCAGCAGCCGCUGGACAGCCUGCCUCCCACUCUGCCCAGCUCGCCGUCGGACGACAUCCAGGUCAUCCAGGAGGAGGAGGAGGGAGAGGAGCGUCAGUAGCAGGAGGCCGCGGGACCAACAGACACGCGUGAGAGAGGGGACAAGGCGGUAGCACGAGUCCCGUGACCACCUGCCUUUUUCUGACGAACACGGGAAACAUGCAGCCGUUUGACUAAUGCACAUAAAACGAAUAACGCUCCCUCACUCACACACACACACACACACACACACACACACACACACACACACACACACACACACACACACACACACACACACAGAAAGAGUCACUGUGCAGACAUUCAGACGCUUACACCGUCACGUUGUUUUCGGAGAAACAAAACGGCCUUACUACUGUGAGCGGGUCCUUGCUGCAACGGUGGGAGCCAACUCCUAUGCACUUUCACCCCACGGAGCGUCGAGUCCAGACAGAGGGCACCGGGACUGCAGGCGAACGGUGCGGAAGACAAGUCCGCGUCCAGCGGGAACUUGAGCUCCUGUGAUGCUGCCUUGAACGUGAGGCGCCGACGCCUCCCUUAGGUACCAAGCCGUUCCUAUUUAAAAGGAAAAGCCAGAGGGCAAAAGAGAAGUAAGCGGCGUCCAUGAAGUGAUUAAACCCUUUACCAAAGUGAACAGAUUAAAACCGUGAAAGACAAGAGUCUGUGACUUUUUCAGCCUCAUUGUCAGGUAUAUUUUUGAAUUAUAUAUAUACAUAUAUAUAUAUCAAAUGUGCCUGUCUAAACCUUUACUGAGUCCAUAUUGGCCCAGAGCCUAGUUCUCUCCUUGCUGGUGACACGAAACACUGUAUCAGACUCAGUCACAGAGACAUUAUUGAAAUGUUGACUGAUUAAUAGCAUUAUAUCUGCAUCAUUUUUGAUGCUUUUACUCAUGUGUACCACCUGUUUUUUUUUUUUUUUUUUAAUCUAAUUCUCUGUUUUGUUUUGUUUGUGUGUGUGAAUAUUUUUGGCAGGAAUGUGACGGAGAGAAUGCGUCCGGAGAAAGAGAGCACAUCUUUAAUUAUUUUAGGUUGUAAUUUGUGUGUAUGUCUGCGUGUCCUUUCAGCAUUGGUUGGUUGUUAAUCAUGGAAAAUGUCCUCCGGCGUUGAACGUGUCGCGCUCAGAUCAGGAGAGCUGUUUCAGUGAAUGGAUUCAUUUUUCCUGUUUUAAGUCAAAGUAUUUUUUAAAGGUUACUCAGGAUUCACACGAAGUUAAAUAAUUAUUUUGCAAGAAUUUGUGUCAUUAAUAUGAAAUACACUUUAAAAGCUAAGAAAAUUAAAACAUCUGGGUGACUGAA